GAAGCCAAAUUAUCAAAACCCUACAUAGCGUACUCCAGUCAGUCAAAAAUAUAAAAACGGGAAACGAAGGCUCAGCAACUGGAAGGACCAAGGAAAAAAGUAAUGAUUCCCUACAUCGAAAUUCGGUUCCCAUCAAACACCAGUGUAAGUUUUAUCAAUCACUUGAGGAAACUUUCACCAAUUUGGCUUUGCCUUUCCGUUUAAGGCAAAAGUAGACCUAUUAAACCUUUCUUCUUGUUGAGUUCUUGUUCUUUCUGUAAGAGAGAGAGAGGCAAAAGUAUCCGCAAUUCUUGAGGAGUUUGAACUUUGAAGAGAGAUAGAAACAAGGGAGAGAGAUUAUGGGUAUGGCUAGAGGGAAAAUCCAGAUCAAGAGGAUUGAGAACUCUACCAAUCGGCAGGUCACCUACUCUAAGAGACGAAAUGGUCUCUUCAAGAAGGCUAAUGAGCUCACUGUUCUCUGUGAUGCCAAGGUUUCCAUUAUCAUGUUUUCUAGCACUGGCAAGCUCCACGAAUACGUUAGUCCUUCCACAUCAACGAAGCAGAUGUUCGAUCAGUACCAGAAGACGCUUGGGGUCGACAUCUGGAGCUCGCAGUAUGAGAAAAUGAACGAGACCUUGAAGAGGCUAAAAGAGGUGAACGGGAAUUUGCGAAGGGAGAUAAGGCAAAGGAUGGGUGAAUGCUUGAAUGAUCUAAGUUUUGAGAACUUGCGAGGUCUUGAGCAAGAUAUGGAUACUGCUUUGAACCUUAUCCGUGAGCGCAAGAAUCGGGUGAUCGCUAAUCAGAUAGUAACCUGGAAUAAAAAGCUGAGGAAUGCAGAAGAAAGAUAUCGAAAUCUUCUGCAUGAACUUGAAGCAAGAGAUCAUGAAGAUCCACACUAUGGAUUAGUUGAUAAUGGUUCAGUAUUUGGAUUCGAAAAUGAAGAUCCUCGCAGCAUCUUUGUUUUACGAUUGCAAUCCAACCAUCCUAAUCUUCACAGUGGAGCUGGAUCGGAUCUUUCAACCUACCCCUUGCUUGAUUAAUUAGCAUUUGAGGUCACUCUGUAAUCUGUAUUACAAAUGACAAGUACUUGAAAUUGUGAUGACUGAUGAGCCAACAAUGCCUUCACUUCUGCUUAUUAAUAUCUACUGCUUAAAAUAA